AUGAAAGCACGGACGGUGCCGGCAUCCGGGCUGGUGCUCUCGUCACGCGUCACGUCUUCCACGAUAGUUUGCUGGCAAUGCCUCCGAAACGAAUUGGUUGCAAAUCAAUUCCAGCUUCAAUCACGAAAGUAUCACCCGACAAAACGUAAGGAUGUGUCGCCGCUGGGUGCCGCCGUCUCUGCAGCUCAGACCAUCUUCAAAGGCCUCCCCAAGGCACCUCCGGGCAUUUCCGUCGACCCAUUGCGGAUGGUAGGAAAGGAACUCAAAUUCUUGACGAAGAACCUUCGGCAGCUACUGGGAUCCGGCCAUCCUACACUGGAUAAGGUGGCCAAAUACUACACCCGCAGUGAGGGUAAACACAUGCGGCCGCUUCUGGUGCUGCUGAUGUCUCAGGCGACGGCGCUGUGUCCCCGGAAGACUGGCACGGACAACAAUUCCGCAACAGUGAACGACCCGAUCAGCUCGCCCUCAAUCCUCGUCGAUAACAAUCCGGACCUGGAUGCGCUCUCAUCCGGUAGUGCCGAUGCGCCGUACGACUUUGCCGGCGACAAGGACAUCCUGCCCACCCAGCGGCGGCUUGCUGAAAUCACCGAAUUGAUCCACACUGCGUCCCUCCUGCACGACGACGUCAUCGAUAAUGCUGUGUCCCGCCGUUCUUUAACGUCUGCCAACCUCCAAUUUGGAAACAAGAUGGCUGUUUUGGCGGGAGACUUCAUGCUGGGUCGGGCCUCCGUCGCUCUGGCGCGGCUGAGGGACCCGGAGGUCAUUGAGCUGAUGUCUACUGUCAUCACCAACCUUGUUGAGGGCGAGUUCAUGCAGUUGAAGAACACGGCUGCGGACGAGAAGAACCCCGUUUUCACGGACGACACCCUCUCGUACUACCUGCAGAAGACAUACCUGAAGACGGGCAGUUUGAUCAGCAAGUCCUGCCGGUCAACUGCCGUGCUGGGUCACAGCGCCCCCGAGGUCGUCGAAGCCUCCUACCAGUACGGACGCAACUUGGGACUGGCGUUCCAGCUUGUGGACGAUAUGCUGGACUAUACCCUGACCGAGGCUGAGUUGGGCAAGCCAGCUGGCGCGGACCUGGAGCUGGGUCUUGCUACGGCCCCGCUGCUCUUUGCCUGGAAACAGUUCCCAGAGCUUGGCCCGUUGGUUGGCCGGAAGUUCAGCCAACCCGGCGAUGUUCAAAAGGCUCGGGAGCUUGUUAUCAAGGCCGACGGUGUUGAACAGACCCGUAUCCUGGCCCAGGAGUAUGCGGAUAAGGCUGUCGCUGCGAUUUCUGACUUCCCUGACAGCGACGCCAAGGCUGGUUUGGCCCAGAUGUGCGAGAAGACCAUGAAGCGGAGAAAGUGA